AUGAAGGCCGCAUCACUCAUUCUCGCCCUCAUCGGUGUGACUACCGCAGCUUCUCUGCACCAUCAACACCUCCAUCCAAAGCUCAAGCGAGAUGUCUGUCCUGGAAAUACUCCGAGUAACAGGCAAAAAUGGUGCAACUACAACGCCAGCACCAACUAUUACGACGUGGUCCCCAACACGGGCGUGACUAGAGAAUACUACUUCGAUAUCACAGAGGUCACAGUUGCCCCGGAUGGCUAUUCCCGAUCCGCAAUGGCGGUCAACGGCUCCAUUCCCGGUCCUACCAUCCACGCUGACUGGGGUGACCACGUUAUUGUCCAUGUCACCAAUAAUCUUGCCUCGGCGAAGAAUGGAUCAAGCAUUCAUUUCCAUGGGAUCCGUCAAAACUAUACAAAUCCUAAUGAUGGUGUCGUUUCGAUCACACAAUGCCCGACGGCACCGGGGAAAACUACUACCUAUAAAUGGCGUGCGACGCAGUAUGGCUCGUCGUGGUAUCAUUCUCAUAUCGGGCUGCAGGCCUGGGAGGGUGUCUUUGGUGGUAUUGUGAUUAAUGGCCCUGCUACGGAGAAUUAUGAUGUUGACAAGGGGAGUCUGUUUUUGAAUGACUGGAGUCAUCAGACUGUUGAUGAGUUGUAUGAUUCUGCUCAGUCGAACGGCCCGCCUACCUUGGACAAUGGUCUGAUUAAUGGCACCAAUGUCUAUGGUUCUGAUAACUCGAGUAGCCAGACUGGGUACCGGUUUAACACGUCCGUCACUGCGGGUACUUCGUACCGGUUCCGUUUGGUUAAUGCUGCAAUUGAUACGCACUUCAAGUUUUCUAUUGAUAACCACACGCUCACUGUGAUGGCGAUGGAUUUUGUUCCUGUUGAGCCUUUCAACACCACGGUUUUGAGCAUCGGCAUGGGUCAACGAUACGACAUCGUCGUUCACGCAGACCAGUCCACCGGCAAUGACAGCUAUUGGAUACGCGCCAUCCCCCAAGAAGCAUGUUCCGACAACGACAGCGUAAACAACAUCAAGGGAAUAAUGUACUAUGGCAACACUCCUUCAACCCCGACCACCACCGAGUACACCUACACCGACAGCUGCGACGACAUGGACAUGUCCGAUCUAGUCCCCUACCUGCCCCAAAGCGCCUCACUCCCCUACUACAACGCCAGCGAACCCGUCACGCUAGGCGAGAACUCUGAGAACCUCUUCCGCUGGAAAAUGAACGGGACCUCGAUGCAAGUCGAAUGGGAUAACCCCACUCUCCUCCAAAUCUGGAACAACGAUACCAGCUUCACAAACUCCAGCGGCGUGGUCGAACUACCCCGGGCCAACGAGUGGUCCUACGUCGUUAUCGAGACUAGUCUCACUGUGCCGCACCCUAUUCACCUGCACGGACAUGACUUUUUCGUCCUUGCGCAGGGCUCUGGUACAUACAGUGGAUUCUCGGAUAUUACUAGUCUAACGAACCCGCCCCGGCGCGACGUGGCUAUGCUGCCUAGUUCGGGGUAUUUGGUCGUUGCGUUUAAGACUGAUAAUCCUGGCGCGUGGUUGAUGCAUUGUCAUAUUGGUUGGCAUACGGAAGAGGGCUUUGCUAUUCAGUUUUUGGAGAGGUAUGAGGAAGCGCGGAAGUUGAUUGAUUAUAGCUCUCUGCAGUCUGGGUGUAAGGCGUGGGAUGAGUAUGUGGAGGAGAGUAGUGUUGAGCAGGAGGAUGAUGGAAUUUGA